AUGGAGAAAAAGUUGAGAAAAGGACCAUGGUCAAAACAAGAGGAUGCAAUAUUAAUUAAAUAUGUUGACAGAUAUGGACCGGAAAAGUGGAAUUUAUUACAAAGGGUAACUGGACUUCCUCGAGAAGGCAACAGUUGUCGUCUAAGAUGGCUUAAUCAUCUUAAUCCAUAUUUGAAAAAGGGAAAAUUAAGUGAAGAAGAAAAACAGAAAAUCAUUCAACUUCGUCAACUUGGAAUCAAUUGGUGUGAAAUUGUUAAACAGCUUCCUGGAAGAACAGACAAUGAGAUAAAGAAUUUUUAUAACAUUAAUGAGAGAAAGAAACAUAAAAUGGAGAGUGGCAAUCAAGAAUGUCAGAAAAAGAAAAAGAAAAUAAAGUAUUUGUCACUCAACGAAGAAAAUAAAGCCCGUGAUAAUGAGUUGAAUAACAAUGGAGAAAGUAGCAACCAGCAACAAGGCAUUUCUGACACACAUCAAAUGGAAAUCAUGAAAGACUCGUUCCAUAUUCCAAUUAUGCAACCUUCAAAUAUGCUUUGCAAUAAUGUGCCAAGUACUUCUACAGUCAAUAAUUCUUCUCCAACAAUCAUUGAUAGGGGUGAAGCUCCUUUUAUGCCAACUGACAUGGUAUCAAAUGUGCCUCUAUUUCAAGAGUUCCAAUCUUUUGAAUCUCCACUUCAUCCAUACACUUCUAUAACCGAUAAACCUUCCCCAAUAUUUAUUGAUAGGAGUGAAACUUCUUUUAUUUCUAAGGAUAUGGAAUCAAACCUGCCUCUACUCCCAGAAAGUAUGAACUUUGAAUCUUUUGAAUCUCUAAUUCAAAAGUAUCCUCCACUCCCACUUCGAUCAUCUGAGGAGAUUCAACGAGAGCAGCUGGAACUAGAUUCUCCAUUCAACAAUAAUUUGAUGGAAUCCAUGUUCAAUACAUCAAAUAUUUUGGAUGACUCUAAUGGUAACCUAUAUUUCUGUGAGACAAGAUUGGUUGAUGAAAAUGGAAAUGAGCCAACAUAUUUGAAGAAAGAUGAAUCAAACUGUGAGACAAGAUUGAUUGAUGAAAAUGGGAUGAAGCCAACAUAUUUGAAGAAAGAUGAAUCAAACAAUGAAGACUUAAUAGAUUUGUUGGAUAGCUUAGGUUGGUUGGAUGGUUAUAUUUUUUGA